CAGCGGCCGCCGCCACAGUUGAGUUUGGUUGUUGGCCGCGGAGGGUUGGUCGGGAGGACGGAGGUUCACCUGGCGCGUAGAACUAGCUGUUCGUCCGGCGCCUCUCGCUCGCCGCCGUCUCUCGCGGCCCGUGUUCGUGCGCGCCGGCUGGGGCUCGCGGCGUCGGGGUGUCUGCGAGGCUCGACCGACCCGCUGAGUGUGUGCGAGUGCUCGGGGGAAGAGGGGAGGAGUGAAGCGAGAAAGGCAGAGAGAAAAAAGCAAGAGAAAAGUGAGGCGCGAGAGAGAAAUCCUGAGAGGAGUGGCGCGCGUGGAGCCAAGCCAGGCUGGCGGGCCCGUAACAUGGGUUACCUCGCAUUACCUUAUUCAGGCGCGAGGAAGGUCCUAGCACACUAACUGAGCCUCGGGACGCGUCGCGGGGCGCGCGGGCUCCUGCGGCAUCCUGCGGCAGGCGACGAGGCAGACCGAGAGCGAGGACUUGGCGGCCGCUCCGGCGAGGGCCACAUCGCGGGCCGAGGGCGAGUGUUUCCAUGCGCGGCGCCGACUGCCUCGCUUGAUGUUCCCGCACUGGAACGGAAGGAGCGGCGGAGGAGGAGGAGUGACCAGUGGGGGGGAGAGCGGGAGUGGGAGUGGCGUGGCGAGCAGCAGCAGCAGCAAGGCGGCGACGGCGAUGGCGCGGGGCCGCGACGCCGACGAGAAGCGCACGGGGUGGAGCCGCGACCCCUACGGCGGCUGGGUGAAGGAGAACGCCGGCGGCGGCUCCACCAGCAACCUCGCCAACGCCAACAUCUCCAACAACCUGCGGAACCGACGCCGCACGAGCGCCACCACGGGCAGCAUCCCCAAUCUGCACAGCAACGGCAACGGCCACAUCUCCAUGCCUGCGGGCGGCUCGCAGCGCGGCUCCUCGGCCAGCCCGCGGGCGCCUCACAGCAAGGGCUUCUGGGUGCAGGAGCCCGACGACUUCCACUCGCGCUGGGUCACCACGGGCACGCCCACCCCCGACCCCGACUCGGCCUCCAGCGGGAUGCCCCUCACCUGGCCGCCCGCGGGAGGGGGCGGCGCCCACCACCAGGGGCGUGAGGGCGGCCGAGCGGCGUGCCUGUCGCAGCCGUCCUCGCCCCACAAGACCCCAGCAACGCCGCCUCCGAUGGGGUGCUCCGCCACGCUGCCCAAGGUAUAUAAGAGCCACGCCACCUGGGUACGUAACACGGAGGAGGCCCCCCCCGCCCCCGCCCCUGCCCCUGCCCCGGCCCAGGAGGCGCCCCCCUCCCCCCCAGGCACCGUCAGCGGCCCGGGGGCUUGCCAGGGGCGCCCCGCGACGCCCAAUCGCCAGGUAGUUGCCUCUUUGUCUCUCUGUUCCUGCGCUGUGUUGGCGGAGUCGGUGCUGAGUCGGUGA